GUUUUUUGUUGGGUUUUGUCUUUCUUUCUGCAUUAUGUGGAUCUGUAGGGUUUACCUCUGCGCCUUCAUGAUUUAUUUGUCUUCUUCAGAGUAAAUUUCAGUUUCCAUUCUAAAUUGUUGGCGUCUACAGCAACCUCUGUCAAGUUCCCCAUUUGCCUGUUGUGCAGGGUUUUAAUGGGUGUGAUUGAUUUCUACAACUCAGCUGCUUUGUGCUGGGUAAAGUCCAAUACAAAUCUGAAGCAGCAAGUGGGGUUACCUCCAAAACCCAUUUGUUCAUUUAAGGGGAAUCAGAGGAAGUUUGUGGCAAUGGCUUCUACCAUUCCUGUGGAGCAAGUCAACAAUGGUCCUCUGCAGGUGACAGGUGACUCCUUCAUCAGAGAGCAUCUGAGGAAGUUGUCUCCUUAUCAGCCAAUUUUGCCCUUUGAGGUUUUAUCUGCUCGUCUUGGACGGAAGCCUGAGGAUAUUGUCAAGUUAGAUGCUAAUGAAAACCCUUAUGGUCCCCCUCCAGAGGUUAUGGAAGCCCUAGGAUCCAUAAAGUUCCCAUAUGUCUAUCCUGAUCCAGAGAGCCGCAGAUUGCGUGCAGCCCUUGCCGAAGAUUCUGGACUUGAAGCUGAAUAUAUUCUUGNGGGAUGUGGUGCAGAUGAGCUUAUUGAUUUGAUAAUGCGUUGUGUGCUUGAUCCUGGGGACAAGAUUGUGGACUGUCCUCCAACCUUCACAAUGUAUGAAUUUGANGCUGCAGUAAAUGGAGCACUUGUUAUCAAAGUUCCAAGGAAGCCAGACUUCAGCUUGAAUGUUGAACAGAUCACAGAAGUUGUUAAACAAGAAAAGCCCAAAUGCAUAUUUUUGACAUCUCCAAAUAAUCCAGAUGGGAGUAUAAUUGAUGAUGAUGUUCUCUUAAAAAUACUUGACCUUCCCGUAUUGGUGAUAUUGGAUGAAGCAUACAUUGAGUUUUCAGCAAUUGAAUCGAGGAUGAGUUGGGUGAAGAAACAUGAGAAUUUGAUUGUUCUUCGGACAUUUAGCAAAAGAGCUGGUUUAGCUGGACUUCGAGUAGGAUACGGAGCUUUUCCUUUGAGUAUAAUUGAGUAGAGGACCUCGCACAAAUGGGUGUGAUGAUUCGUCACUACGACAAGAAAGAGCUGAAAGGGUACGUUCGUGUAACUGUUGGUAAGCCUGAACAAACAAAUGCACUUAUGAAGUGUCUCAAGAAAUUGUCGUAGGAGCAAAGUUUUAAUGAAAUAAACACUGUAACAAGUAAUGCAGAAGUGUAAUUGCUGAACUCCCAUUACUUAAUAUUAUAUAGAGCCUUGAAAAUUAGAAGAAAAUAUGUUAAUUUUGGAAGGUAAGUGAACUCAACUUGAUAUGUUAUUGGCUUAAAUGGACCAUUAUAAAGAUUGUAUUUUGCCAUUUGC